AUGUCUAAGAAACAUGCUUCUCCACAUCAGCCAGCUUCUGAGCCAACAAGCGGUUACGGACCAGCAAGUACCCUUUCAGCAUCACACCUCGGUACCACCAGCACAUCGCAAACAAGCUCGCGUCGUCGCACAGGGCAGAGUUGGCCUUAUUUGGUGAACCACAUGAAAUCAGAGAACAUCGAUUUUAGUCAGCUCUUUACGCUUAGUCAAGAUUACGAUGAUUCGCCGCAAACUGCAAAACAGUGGCUGACAAGCUUCAAGGAUUUACGCCCGGGAAGCAACGUCUCACUCAAGCUGGUGGCUGUUAGGGUCAUUGAUACAGCUGAAGAUAAUGGUACAAGCCCGACCUAUCCUUCAAUGCUUCCGGUCCUGUCCAAGUGGGUGAGAAUGUGGUUUGAUAGGGCCCAUACGGCACGACUACAGAAGCGAAAAAUCCCGACCAAAAAAGCCCAGAGGACCUUUGUGCCUGAAGAUGACGACUUUGACUGGAUUUGUGCUUAUACAACAGACUACUUGAAGCUCGAUCAUCAAGGACUGGCUGAAGAAGAUAUUGUGGUCCUUAUCGAGUCUAUUCUGUAUGUUUGCUCCAAAAGUGGCGCUGCAGUCGACUUUGAUCGCCUUCUUAAGCUAUUAGUGUCCGUCUACUCUAGAUACGGCUGCCCAGCUUCCGUUUUUGGAAAGUCGUUGUACCUUUUAUGCGGCAUUCGAGGUUCCUUUGCAGAGCUGCCUGCGCAUUUCAGCGAGUGUCUUGAUCUCAUAUUGUCUAGCCCUCAAGGCCCGGCUGCUGUCGGAGUGUUACACGGCUUUUUGCAUGCAGAUACUAGUAAGCUCGACAAUUCCGAACUUAGCACCACGACCAAUGCUGCAAGGGGAGUUAUACAGAUCUUUCAACAAGUUAUACGAAGCGAGUCGACGGCAGCGGUAUCGACUGGCAAGCUACUAUCUUCGUUGUUGUCAGCGACUAGGCUGCAAAGUGGAAGAGUGAAUGAAGCUCUUUUAUCGCUUUGUGUCACUCUUGUCGAGCAGAAACCCUCCAUCGUAGAGGGUCCCAACGAGCAAUUCGCGAUAUUCAUGGAGAUUGUUGAUGCUGCAUAUGGUGCGGUUAAGAUUCGGAAGCAAGCCACCGAGGAGGGUUCGGCCAGCUCGGUGCGUUCAUCUAGAGAGAUGAAGCUGGAGGGAAACGGCACUCCUACCACCAUUAGAGACAUGGUGGAUUCUGUUCUAGAACGAAUACUGCGAUCCUCAGUUGGCUUCAAGCGGUCGCUUGUUUUCAAUCACUUUCUAGCAUAUGCAGGGCAACAGUCGCCCGAGAUGUCCUUGCGCGUCUUGGGCUACGCAGGCAAGGAUAUUUUGAAAGAGCAAGAUCAUGAGCACUGGAGGAAGGACACUCUACAAAUGAUUAAAAUGAUUCAGAGUUCUACCGUCUCGAUCAAUGUUCGGCUUACCGCUAUCGACAUCGUGGAAAACGCUCUUUGGUCUCCUGAACUGACCUGUUCCAACCGAGAUGAAGACCAUAUUGGUAGCGCCGAAGGAACAACGACCAUUGAUCUCGUACAAGAAUUGUUGACGAUGAUCAAAACCGAAACCAACCCGCGGAUUCUGCAAGCAGUGGUCGAUACAGCCAUCCGAGCAGUCAUGACGUAUGACGCCAGGCAUUUCACGGAGCAGACGUGUAGUGAUCUCGCAGAAGUAAUAUUCCGAGAACCGGCAUCCAUAGAAGUGGCACAGUGUGCUGAAAUCGGCGCUCGAGGAUUAGUUUCAAUCUUCAUGCGUUCCCUGAACACAGUCCAUGUGGGUCGGACGGAUGUUGCCUAUCGGAAACUGAACGAGAUCGCAAACUCUUUUGGAGUCCCCACAGAAGCGAGGCUCGCCGCUAUGAGAUUGCUGUUUCGAAUUCGGUGUGACUCAACAGGCCGGAUCUACAUUUCGGAAACCUCCGACAGUGAGAAUCUGGCAGCUGCCCUUUGCAGAACAGAUGAGUCAGCUGCCAAAUUUCCACAAGCCUCUGAUAGCUCUGAAGAGCACGGCAGUUCGAGGAGUAGUGGUUCAGCGACGCGACGACCGAAACCGACUCCACCGUUGUGGAUAUAUCCAGGAGUUCCGGCUUUGCCGCACGUACCGGACCGCCAGUCCAGCGAGUUUGUCGUUGCACCUGGAUCUGAGAUCGACGUGGGCUCAGAAAGACGGAAGCCGAUGGAGCUUGAACUUAGCAUUUGGCUUGAGUCUAUCAUUACCUGCCUGCAGAAAGAUUCAGAUUGGGAGACGUAUAGCUACAUCAUCGUCCACACCGGAGCCCAGCUUUCCAACGUGACUCUCUUCGAGGGCACGAUCCGGCAGAUACAGUUCUUGAGAAGCGUCUUCUACGAGCAAGUGCGGACUACUUCGUUCCAUGAACCGCCCACAGCAACAGGACUCAAGAAGGGUGACGUUGCUCUUUGCAUUUUCAAUGCUAUGACACCUUUGAUCGCGUACAAAGCCCACUUUAGCAGAAAUGAAUGCGAUGCGCUUGUAAGAGCGUUUGUGGCGGGAGUUGGCUCAUUCGAAGGCACUUCUCGUGGAUGCAUUCACUCCUUGUCGAUCUGUUGUUUCGAGAUCCCUGCGUCCGUAACGAAGAAUCUGUCCAGUAUUCUUCACAAGAUUCAGACGAAUGCAACACAGUCACACCUUUCCAUGCACUUUCUAGAGUUCUUCGCUGGUCUCGCACGGCUGCCGGAAGUUCAUACCAACUUACAUGGAGACGAUAUUCGGCACAUCUUUGGCAUCUGCAUUGCUUACAUCAAGAGUAUGCGAGACCGUCGAGCACAAACCCCUGUUUCCGCUGGUGCGAAGGCGGAAGCCACUGCUACAAGGCUGAGCGGAGUCACUGUUCCGCCUUUCAGGGCCAAGAUUCUUUCUGCCAUCGAGUUACCGCAGUAUGUAUCAGCUCUGGCGUAUCAGACGAUGAUAUUCUGGUUUUUAUCCCUGAAGCUCUCAGAACGAGCCAAACACGUGCCUUGGAUCAUCAAGUCCUUGAUCGCUGUGGACAACGAUGGUAAUGAGCAGAUGGAGAAGCAGAGCGAAGUCUUUAUCGACAUGAUGCAACGCACAGCAUUUUCAGAUCUGGGAGAAACGCUUCCUCGUCCUGACUUUGCGAGAGAAUCUGACGGCUCUGUCACGGUCACGUCAUGGCUGGUGGGUCUGAGCAUCGUCACGAUUGAGACAGCUGGUUCGACAGGGCUUUCGCAGAUAACCAAACGCCAGGCGUCAGGCACAACUCACAGUAUAUACCAACAGUCUACUGCUGAGCCGCCACCGCAUCAUGCACCGCUCAUCACUGAUAUUCGGCCCGAGACUACACUUCCAACGGCAAUGCUGCCUCAACAUAUUUUACUUCAGCUGGUGACAACUUGCGCUCCUACCAGCCUUGCUUCACAACCUCUUCCACUGCCAGACGCCGAUUACGUCCAGCGAGCGUUAAAAGCAUUCGAUCUCAACCCAACUGUGGACAGCAACAAGGCCGGCGUCAUAUAUAUUGGACCAGGCCAAAGCCAGGAAUCAGAGAUACUUGCGAAUACCCAAGGCUCUGCGGAUUUCGACCAAUUCCUCCAUGGGCUGGGCACAAAGAUGAGAUUGGACAGCGCCAAAUUCAAUACUCAAGGAUUGAGGAGUGACACAGACGGCGAGUAUGCUUACGCUUGGCGCGAUCGAGUGACAGAGAUAGUCUAUCAUGUACCCACAAUGAUGCCUACCAGCCUCGAAGAUGACCCGCAGUGCACCAAUAAGAAAAUGCACAUCGGCAAUGACCACGUCAACAUCAUCUUCAACCGAUCUGGCAAAGUCUUUGAAUUCAACACGUUUAGCUCGCAGUUCAACUAUAUCAACAUCGUCGUUACACCCGCAUCAAGGAUAGCUGACAUGGGAGAAUCCUUUCCGGCAUCUACCAAUACAACUACAGUAAACGCCUCUUCCUCAUCUACAAACCCCAACAACAAACACCCUCAAUUCUACACAGUGCACACCCUGACCGCUCCUGGUUUCCCGUGCAUCUCACCCUGCUCCGACCCCAAAGUCAUCUCCUCCGCCAACCUCGCCGGCUUCGUUCGCCUUGUCGCCCUGAACGCCUGCGUCUUCUCCCUCGCCUGGCGCGACCGCGAUUCCCCAAGCUCCGACCACAUGUCCUCCUGGCGCAACCGUCUACAGGAAAUCCGCAGCCUCCGCGAUCGUGUGACGCGCGAAGCUGCCACCGCUGCUCCAGAGCCCAAGAGGGGCGUGGCGCUGUACGCAGGGUAUGGGAAGGCGGGGCCGGGAGGGAGGCCGAGUCUGUAUCCUGAGGGGAGAGGAGAGUUGACCGGCGAGGGCAGGCGGCAGGGGAGGAAGGCUGGCGGCGGUGAGGAGAAAAUGGCGGACCUGUAUGAUUUUUCCAGAUGGGCUCUGCAGUGA